GCUCUGUCCAGGGUGUUAGUGCGUGCUAGCUCUGUCCAGGGUGUUAGUGAGUGCUAGCUCUGUCCAGGGUGUUAGUGUGUGCCCUACCGUGUAUGUAAUCGAUCAUCUGGGAUACUGUCGGAUCACAGAGAAAGGAUAUCAGUGGUCUUGCUGACGCUUUUGAUAAGCCUAUCAUCUAGAGAAUAAUGGAGAAAAAACCCAAACUCUAUGAAACCCCAGAGUCAUUGCUGAAAAUGGGUUCUCCUAUACACAAACUUACACGUUGUGAAGGGUUAGGAGCAUGGGAUCAACUGAUGAUGAUGAAUGAAUACAAAAAGAAUCACUGCAACCCAACAGGCUGCUGUUUUUACACAAUUAUACACCUAUUCUAUGAGGAAAACAACGUAGGAAAUCAUGAAUUGGAAAAUAUGUUUUGACUAUGGUAAAAAUCAAACACAGCAGUCCUUGGCAAUUACCCUUUAUUGUAUGAUCCAAAAGAUAUACAGGUGUCCAAGAAAUUAAAUGGAAAGAACCAGCAUUUGUUCAGUGAGAAGCUAAAUGAAAACUCAAACAACUGAAAACGAAGUGACAACAUUUUGACAUGAGAUGUUUUCAUUCAAUUUGAGCAAAAAUAACUCCAAUAUAUAGCUACAGUAGACAGACAGUAGUUUAUUAUGCUCCAAUUAAAUCUGUAAAAAGAAGCCUGCAUGUUGUAUUUUCUUUUGCACACCUCCUCCCCAAUAAAUUAAGGAAGCAACUCAACACGUGUGGCUAUAUUCUUCUCUGGUCUUAGUGCAGUUGAGUAGUAGGCUAUUUAGAGCUUGCGGUAUUGACUGCUCGAGUGUGCUCUCUACCGCUCAGUGCGCGCUGUCCAUACAUCAAAAUCCACUUCUAUACAAAUCUCUCUCUCUCUCUCUCCUAUGCUGACUUUUUGAUUUUUACAGUGCAGGAUACGGAGUCAUUCAUUUGGAAACACGUUCAUGUGAGAGAGGAGAGAGGCGCAUUUACCGGGAGAUGGGGGAAAAGUAUCAGGCAGCGCAUAGACAACACAGAAUUUGACUAAUGUGCGUGGAGAGCAACUUUGUUUAACGACACUGUAAAGGUUAAUUGACCAAUAACUGAAUAUGCAUCUAAAGCGUAUCUUCAGUCUCCUCCAUCAGUUAUGUUUUCUUGGAGCAUUUGCCAUUGCAGAUCCACACCCCUUCCAGGAAUCCGAGUCCGAAAUUAUUUUCCCGGAGGUUUUUCCUGAUACAGGUCCACCGGCUCCUGAUAAACCAACUAGCCGAGAGACUGACGCCAGCGCCGGAGCUCCCGAUAAACCAACAAGCCGAGAGACUGACGCCAGCGCCGGGAGCAGCUCUCGGGAGGUUCGUUCCAUUUCAAACUGGGAAGAGUACGAAUCUCCAGAGCUAUACCAUUGGGAACCUCAAGGACCGCAAACGGCUGCUUCCACAGGGCUGAGACUCAGAAUUCCUGCUUUUGGCAGGGACCUGCACCUCAUCCUGAAGAGAGACACUCGAUUUCUGUCCCAGAAAUUCAUGGUGGAGAGGAGACAGAAAGCACAAAAGGCAUCUCGGAGCAGUAUGCCAGUUUCGUCCGCUGCCAACACAGAAGAGAGAGGAUGCUAUUACAGCGGAACUGUUCUCAAUGACGCAGGAUCCAUUGCCUCAUUCAGCACCUGCGCAGGACUGAUGGGCUUCAUUCAACUCAAUGGAGACUUCCUCUACAUCGAGCCUGUCAAUAGAACGCUGGCCGUCACGGGACAGGCCCACCGCGUGUACAGGAGGAAGCGCUCCACCACCGAGGAGAGACAGACAGACAAGCAGACGACAGACAAACAGACAAGCAGCAACUAUUGUGGAGUCAUUCCAGAAAGACAGAAGAGUAAGAACAGGAAGCCGUCUGAGGGAGGCAGAGGGAAGCGGUACUUGUAUAAACUACUCCACGAGUACAACGUGGAGACUGUGGUGGUGGCCGACCCAGCUAUGGUCAGCUACCACGGCUCAGAGGCAGCCAAACGAUUCAUCCUCACCAUCAUGAAUAUGGUUUUCAACUUGUUUCAACACAAGAGCCUGGGAAUACAGAUUAAUAUCAGAUUGACUAAACUUGUGCUGCUUCACGAAACACCAUCAGACAUGUACAUUGGUCACCAUGGUGAGAAGAUGCUGGAGAGUUUCUGUCGUUGGCAGCAGGAGGAGUAUGGGAAGAAGAGCGUGAUGUCAGACUUCAGCACUCGGUGGAGGGAGGACCUACCCUCCGUGGACACGGCCAUUCUAAUCACACGGAAGGAUUUCUGCGUGCAUAAAGAUGAACCCUGUGACACUGUAGGCAUUGCCUACCUGAGCGGCAUGUGCAGCGAGAGAAGGAAAUGCAUCCUAGCUGAGGACAACGGCCUCAACCUGGCCUUUACCAUCGCUCACGAAAUGGGCCACAACAUGGGUGUGAGUCACGACAACGACCACCAGUCGUGUGCGGACGGCCUCCACAUCAUGUCGGGAGAAUGGGUCAAAGGUCAGAACCUGGGCGAUGUUUCCUGGUCUGGCUGUAGCCGUGACGACGUGGAGAAGUUCCUCCGGUCCAAGGCCAGUAGUUGUCUCCUCCAGACCGACCCGCUGAGCUUGAACUCAGUGAUCCUGCCAUUCAAACACCCAGGGAUGACUUACACGGCAGAUGAACAGUGUCAGAUCCUCUUCGGAACCACCGCCUCCCACUGUCAGAACAUGCAGUAUGUGAUGUGUUCAGGGCUGUGGUGCCGGGUGGAUGGAGAGAAGGACUGUAAAACCAAACUGGACCCACCCAUGGAUGGCACAGAGUGCGAUCCGGGAAAGUGGUGUCGUGCUGGGGAGUGUGUGAGCAGAGCGGUGCCAGUGGAGCAAGCCAUGGGGGAGUGGAGCACCUGGGGGUCCUGGGGAACCUGCAGUCCAACCUGCAGCACUGGCAUCAGUGGACGUCAGCGCAAGUGUGAGAGUCCCAGCGGGAAAAGCCGGGACUGUGUCGGCUCCAGGAUGCAGUACAGGCUGUGUGAGAACCUACCCUGCCCUGCUGGGAGCCCCAGCUUCAGAGACCAACAGUGCCAGACCUUCAAUCGCCCCUCCCUGCACUGGCACUCCGUCAUGGAUGAUGAGAGGCCCUGUACACUGUUCUGUUCCUCCACAGGGAAAGAACAACCCCGCCUCCUGGCUGAGAAGGUGCUGGAUGGAACCUCCUGCGGCUCUCAGGAGUCUGGCCUCUGUGCCAACGGGACUUGUCAGAAAGUGGGCUGUGACAGGAUCCUGAGUUCGAUGGCAAGAGAGGACCACUGUGGGGUGUGUAAUGGCAACGGCAAGUCUUGUAAGGUCAUCAAGGGGGACUUCAACCACACCAAAGGAGCAGGCUAUGUGGAAGCUGUGAUCAUCCCCAAAGGGGCCAGGAGAAUCAGAGUGAUGGAAGAAAAGCCUGCACAGAGUUAUUUGGCACUCAAAGACACAAACAAGCAUUCCAUCAACAGCGACUGGAAGAUAGACCGCCCAGGAGCCUUCAACAUGGCGGGCACCACCGUUCACUACGUCCGGAGGGGACUGUGGGAGAAAAUGUCAGCCAGAGGUCCCACUACCUCCCCGCUGCAUCUCAUGGUGCUGCUGUUCAAUGAGCAGAACCAUGGCAUCCAUUACGAGUACACCAUCCCCACAGAGGCUAACAUGGAACCCCAGGGGGGGUUAGGACCGGGGGCCAUGCCCAGCGAACCCCUCUUCAUGUGGACCCACUCUGGCUGGGAGGACUGCCAUGCCGUGUGUGGAGGAGGAGAAAGAAAGACAAUCGUCACCUGCACUAACAUUGUCAACAAAACUACAAGUGUGGUGGACAACCGAAGAUGUCGUCACCUGACCAAACCUGAGCCUCAAGUCCGCAAGUGCAAUGAGCAGCCCUGCCAGACAAGGUGGAUGAUGACUGAGUGGACGUCUUGCUCUCGUACCUGUGGUAGAGGCUCUCAGAGCAGACAGGUAGCCUGCACCUUGCAGCUAGCCAACGGCACCCUGGUCAAAGCCAAGGACCGCGACUGUGCCGGCCCCAAGCCGGCCCCCAACCAGCGCUGCGAGGGCCAGGACUGUCUCACUGUGUGGGAGGCUGGCGUGUGGUCUGAGUGCUCGGUGAAGUGUGGGCGGGGGGCGCGCCAUCGGCUGGUGAAGUGCACCAACCCACGGAAGAAGUGUGACCUGUCGACCCUGCCCCGUGAGACAGAGGACUGUGAGGACUACUCCAAGUGUUACAUCUGGAGGACAGGAGACUGGGCCAAGUGCUCGGUCACCUGUGGCAAAAGCAUGCAGUCCCGGGUUAUCCAGUGCAUGCACAAGAUCACCGGGCGCCACGGCAACGAGUGCUUCUCGUCGGAGAAGCCAGCGGCGUACCGGCCAUGUCAGCAGCAGGCGUGCAACGAGAGGAUCAACGUCAACACCAUCACCUCGCCACGCCUGGCUGCCCUGACGUUCAAGUGUUUACGGGACCAGUGGCCGGUUUACUGCAAAGUCAUCCGCGAGAAGAACCUCUGCCAAGACAUGCGCUGGUAUCAACGCUGCUGUGAAACUUGCCGGGACUUUUACGCACAGAAGAUGCAACAGAGGAGUUGACCCUCCCCUCACCCCCUCGCCCCCUCCUUCCAGGGGCGAACUUAGGUGUCAUAUCCUAUUUAUGUAUAUCAAGUGCACUUAUUCCAACACGUGGGAUGGACAGAACACACCUGUUUCAACCUAACCAGCUGUAGAUUAUAAGCACUGUAAAUGUGUCAUUAGUACGUUAUGUUAUUGGUAUUGAGUCCAUACCAUGUCAUGUUAUUGGUAUUGAGUCCAUACUAUGUCAUGUUAUUGGUAUUGAGUCCAUGCUAUUGCCAUCUUUUUGGUAUUGAGUCGAUACUAUGGGAAUGUUAUUGGUAUUGAGUCGAUACUGUGGUAAUCUUAUUGGUAUUGAGUCGAUACUAUGGUCAUGUUAUUGAGGUUGAAGCGAUACUAUGUCAUGUUAUUGGUUUUGAGUCGAUACUAUGGUCAUGUUAUUGGUAUUGAGUCCAUAUUAUGUCAUGUUAUUGGUAUUGAGUCAAUACUACGUAUGUCAUGUUAUUGGUAUUGAGUCGGUCUAAGCACAUCUCUUUUGAGGGUGUAAUUGUUGACCAGCCUUCACCUGGUAUCCGUUGAGCUGAUAUACUGUAGAUCUACAUAAGGAUCCAACUCUUUGGUGUUUUUGGAGAAGUUUUUGUUUUUAAUCAUGUUAAUUCAUGCUAAUAUUUUGUAAAUGUCUUACCAUUUUCCAUACUGUAUUUGUUCUGAUUUAUCUUCAUUAAUAUCACAUUGAAAAUCAGGCAAAAUCCAUCAAGGUUUACCACUUGUAGUUUCCAUAAAUUUAGUUAACCCCGUAUAAUGUAACCAAUGCAAUAGUGCCAAAAGUGCAAACUACAAACUUCAUUAAGCGUACCAUCGGACCUAGGUCUACUGGUUUCCUAUCAGUUUCUUCCCCCAAAAAAACAGAAUGUCCCGCACACUGUUUAUGCUCCCAGGUACCACGGUUUAUCGGACAACAUUUCCAUCUGUAAGGAUCUUCAUCAGGUCAAAACAACCAGACAAAACGACCUGACGAAGAUCCUUAUGGAUGGAAACGUUGUCUGAUAAAAGGUGCUAUUUGGGAGCAUAAUCAGUGUGUUGGACUUUCUGUUUUUUUUCUUCUCAAGUUUACUUCUUUAGCCCAGCACAAACAUUUCUAUAUAUUUCAGCAUUGGUGAACUUCAUGCUAUCUGCUUGGUAUAGCCACUGCUGAGACUUUGGCUUCCAGCCGUGAGUAAUUACAAUGACGUUCUUGUCCUUCGUCAAGUUUAGCAAAAAUGUGGUUAGAGACACAAAUGGUACUGUAUGUUUAAUCUAUCUCAAACAGAAUUCACAAUACUGUCCAUUUAGAAGCAAUACUGAAAGCAUUGACAGCUGCAAAGACUCUUACGUUUGAUUGAUAUGAGGUUUUAGGGUUUAGGGCUUUCAGCUCUUCAUUUGCUUUGUACAUGUUUGGCUUAAUGUCGAACACUGUAAGCAACAACGUGUCUUUGGAAGGAUUUGGAUAAUUGAUGAUACUUCUAGUAACGACAGCGAAUAUAUUAUUGUUAUUAACGCUCUGUUUAUGUGGUGCUAAUUAGUGUACUUGAGUGAACUUUUGGAUAUCGAGGCUUGAACAUAAAGUGUUGCCAAAUAGCCGAGGCUUGCUUAAAGUUGGAGAAAAUACCUUAUUGUAACAUUUACUAAAUUCGUCUAUGUCUAUGCAUAUGUUAACAAUAGUGCUGGCCUUAGGAUCUGUUGGGACUGAAACAAUUGUGUGGAAAGCUUGAGGGCACACAUCUUUUCCCGUUGAAUUUAACAUUGACAUCAGGGGUGUGUUCAGUGUGUCACAUAGCGGUCUUCAACGGAAAGGGUACUGUACUGAACGACCAGUUGAAGAACGGUGUAUGGUGUGUGUGCUGCCUAAACCAGAUCUUUACCAUGAUAAGGCCAGACCUUGCUCGACAUUGCGGUGUCAGGUUUGUCCCGCAGUCUUGUGAGAUUGUAUGGUGUGUGUGGUGUGCUGCACGAGUUUUGCGAUUUAAAAUGGUCACACACAUAUUGAUCGGCCCACACGUAUAUUGAUCAGUUCACACCCACAUUGAUCAGGCCACACCCAUAUUGAUUAGGCCACACCCAUAUUGAUCCGCCCACACCCACCAAACGGGAGCAAACAUACCUCAGAGGCUGUUACGGGAACGCUGUGCAUCCCUUGGGGGGAAAUGUAGUUCAGUAGCAAACGUUGAAUCGAACUGAAUGCAUCCCUGUUACGCGCACGGAUCUCUCCAAGUUAGGAUUUGGAUCUAAGUGUCUUCAUUAGGGUUUCUAAAGGGAAAUUAUCCUCCGUUUUAAAUCACAUGAUCUGUAUCGAUAUUUCAAAAUGUGUUUCAAAAUCACUAAAGGGACAUUAUUUAGUCAUAUAGUAGACUAUCAUCCAUAUUUCCGUCAAAUAGUUAGUACAGUGUGGCCGACCUUGGUUGUGUACACCAGGAUGAGCCCACGGCUGUCUUGUAUGUUAAAGUCAAUGUUAGAACGACAACAUCUGAACAGCAAGCUGCUUCCCUGAAACAAUCUGCUGUACAUCCUAUUCACACAACGAUGACCGUUUAUAGUGUACCACUCCACGGCCCUCUACUUGAAUAGAGAUAAUGUAGAACUAAGAAACACUGUACAUGUUUACACUGAAGUACUGCUGCACUGGUAUAUGGGUUGGCUCCGGGGUGAAGUAUCCCCUAGGUACUGUUCCUAGGACCCUAGAUCAGCGUCUAGGGGCAACUUCACCCUACUCUGGUUCCCAUGAGCCCUCAGUCUAGGCGUCACAUGGGUGCAAAAAAAUACUGCUUGGUUUACACCUUCUGUCAUUGGCUGAAAACAAGUUGAAGUUGAGUGUCGUUGAAUUGAAUUAAAAUUGACAUUUUAUAGCACUGUUAAGGCCGUGUCAUUUUUUAAUGGCUUCCAACAUACCCGUGUGUCUCGUUGUCUCGUAAUGUCUUGUUGGUUGUGUAGGAGAAAAAACUGCCUGCAUAUCAUGUUCCUGAGAAAAUAAUAAAAUAGAUUCUCCA